AUGCCGUGCCGGACUUUCUUUCUGGGCACAUACCUAGUCACGGUAUGGGCGCCAGAUGCAGCCAGACACCCACUGAUCAAAGUAGCGGGCCGCAAAACACAGGUCGAGGGAAGCUUUCUGUCCCAUAUUAGACGUCUAAUGUUCCUUGAGCCCAUCUCAUCCCAUAACAAGCCACCGACCCGCCGUCGACAACAGUCAGAAGAAUCAUCGGUCGCACUGAACGAGUCCGAGGACGGAGCAUACUCCAAGGCAGUUGCUAUCUUCCCACCCUCGGAAGUGGCUCAAUAUCUGAUUUCCAUCGUCUUUGAUUAUGCAAUCGACAGCUUCUUCUAUGUCAAUCAGCGAGAGAUGCGCCGGAUGCUUGAGGUCCACUACUCUAGCGCACAGAAAAGGGGGGAUGCGAGUUUCGCGUGUCUGGCUCUGAGUGCGUUCGCUAUGGGCAUGCAGUGGGCUCAUCUCGACGACAGAGCCACCGAGCCUCCUGAGCAAGCUACCGAAGCUGCCGACGCUUUUGCCACAAGAGCCCAAAGUCUUGUCCCUGCAAUAUUGAUUGCACCUUCCUCGGACGCGGUGUCUGCCGCACUGCUCCUCAGCCUGUGCCUUUUGACUACGGUGUCGGCCGAUGCCGCCUAUACAUACAUGGGAAUCGCUCUCAGGGUGGCGAUUGCAAGCAAUAUGCACAAAGAAACUCCACCUGGGGAGUUCACAGCAUGUCAAGCUGAAUGUCGCCAUCGACUCUGGUGGACUAUAUACAGCCUUGAACGAACAAUCGGCAUCAAGCUAGGCCGCCCAGAGACAAUUCAGGAGCGAGAUGUGUCAACGCCGAUGCCCAAAGCCGUCGCCGAACUUGACAACGCUCAAGACCACAACAACCUCAGCCAACAGAUUGCGAACGCCGAGUUAGUACGCAUCUGGAGUCGAAUUGCGAAUGCUUUGCCACUGAUAUAUUCCCAGCCAGAGCAGUACAAUCACGACAUCAUUGAGCGACUGGUCGCGCAGCUCAACCACUGGGUCGCAACGCUGCCCGAAGAUCUACAGCUCCCGAACCUCAACCCACUUGAGAAAGGGUAUCGUGCAAAAAUACACCUUCACCAGAACUACAAUCAUGCUUUGAUAAUCCUGUUCCGGACGCCCCUCAUCGCGGUGGCACGCCAAUGCCUCAGUAAAGCAUUCGCUCCUCAAGAGAUGCUUCCCGACCUCGAUCCACAAGCUGUUGGCCUCGCCAUGAAUUGUAGCACUGCUGCCCGAAAGAUGCUCGCAAACUUUGAACAUGUUCGACAGGCAAAGCUGUUGGCCCGAUUCUCAUGGACUGAUUUUCAAGGCUGCAGCACAGCCAUCCUCGUCACGUUAUUCUCCCGGGUGAUCAAGCAGGAUGUCAACUACCAACGCGACAUCGAUGAGGGACUGCGUACUCUCAAAGUUCUGGCAGAAGCUUCCAAACCCGCACAACUAGCAUUGGACUUUGUGCAGGAGUUCAAGAAGAUUGUUGAAGAAGCCGUGCAACGGUCGCAGCGGCCGGAAAUCGUCAGAGAUACCGCUCACAAUCAACGUCAGACUUACAAGCAGUGGCUAUCAAAAUUGUCUACCCAGAGGACUCCAGUGGCAAGCGAGAUUACAGAAGGACAGCGCUCUGCGAUCGAUGAGACGUGGCCUGGCUUGCCGAGAGAGCCGCAUGAUCCCAUCUCAACAGACCUAGCUGGAGAUGUGGCCAGUUGGCCCAGCGCCGGACAGGCUCAACCGCUACCAGAGAUGAAUUUGGACUCUUGGUUUCUUUCUGACGAGUCGCAAAUCCUGAGCCUGUCGGGUAUGGAUUUCCUUGCCUCCUCGCUCUACUUGGGCGACCAAAGUCAUACUGGAGGGUGA